GCCCAUUCGCCUCCCGCACAGCACAGCACAUAUGCAAUGCGGCGUUUGUGGCUCUUCAAAGCAUUCGGCUCACUGCUAGUCGUAUUGCCAAGCAAUGUUCUGUGUGCGUAUUUUUCACAGUUCUCGAUGAAAGAACCUGAUCAUGAUCCAUGUUAUGAUUCGGCUGGUCGUCCGAUCAGAUGUAUUCCUGAUUUCAUUAAUGCGGCUUUCGGCAAACCGGUCAUCGCAUCCAACACUUGCGGUCAAUCCGGCCCAAGCAGCCGUAACUACCAUGUAAUAUUUGAUAAAAACGUGCAAUCGAAAUUCUAUCAUCCACAAGAGUUGUGCGAUAAAUAUCUACGUACGUGGUUUUUUGCCUGUGCACUCUUAGAAAUGGACACAACCCGAACCAAUAUUCAUGAGUUCUGUCCAUUAAUUGUAAGGAAAGAAACUGAAACGAGACAUUUCAGAUUCUGCCACGUUCGUGAAGAUGCAUCUGGUGUGGUGAAAGAGGUUUGUGAUAUAUGCGAUGCGACUGAUAAUGCACGCUCACAUCCAGCGUCAUUAUUGACCGAUCUGAACAACUCACAAAAUGUGACCUGUUGGAUAUCUGAGCCAUCCACUGACUAUCCGCACAAUGUCACGUUGACGUUAUCAUUAGGCAAAAAAUUCGAGCUCACUUACAUCUCGAUGCAGUUCUGCAAUCGGUUAGCUGAUUCAAUGGCCAUCUAUAAAUCAAUGGAUUUCGCCCGUACUUGGAUACCGUUCCAGUUCUAUUCGACACAGUGCAAGAAGAUUUUUGGCAAAACACCGAACAUUGAAAUCAGUAAACAUAACGAGCAGGAAGCACUUUGUACGGAUGCGCAUGCAUUAACGCCGAUGGCGAAUCGUGUUGCAUUCGCCACUCUUGAAGGACGACCGUCCUCGUUUGAAUUCGAACAGUCACCGGUGCUGCAAGAUUGGGUGACAGCCACAGAUAUUCGUAUCAUAUUCACUAGAUUAAGCCCUGAUCAGGCUGAACUGUACGGUCUUACGAAUGAUAUUGGUGUAAACGUUACCGAUUUGGAUACCAUCAAGCAACGAUACUACUAUUCAAUGGGUGAAUUGGCCGUCGGUGGACGAUGCAAAUGCAAUGGGCAUGCGUCAAGAUGUAUGUUCGAUAAAAUGGGUAAAUACACUUGCGAUUGUAAGCAUAAUACGGCGGGUAGCGAUUGUGAACGUUGCAAACCGUUUCAUUUUGAUCGGCCAUGGGGACGUGCCACUUCCGAGAAUGCGAAUCCUUGUGUUGGUGAGUUGUUAUCAGUUUCCGUUCGAUUUUAUUUAGAUGAACAACAGUCUGUUGAAGAAAGUAUUUCCUUUAAUAUCGAUGUGCGGAAUCGUCAUACGUCUUUCGUUAUUCUGUGCAGAAAUGAAAUGAAGAUAUUUAUUUCAGCUUGUAAUUGUAAUCUACAUGCAAAGAAGUGCCGUUUCAACAUGGAACUGUACAAGUUGAGCGGUAAUAAAAGUGGUGGCGUUUGCAUUAAUUGUCGCCACAAUACGGCCGGUCGCAACUGUCAUUAUUGUAAGCCGGGAUUCUAUCGAGAUCACUCGAAACCAAUCACACAUCGAAAAGCAUGUAAAUGUAAGUUAGUUGAUUGCUGUUGCCAUCGUUGUUAUUUAUUUAUUCGUCGAUUCAUUUCGUCGUUAAUUAUUGUUUGA